AUGUGGCGAAGAAUCAUCUUAUCUUUUUUGAUCGUUGAAAAAUGUUUAUCAAUUUCGAGUCCGAUUCAACCAUUCGCAACUUAUACAUAUUCAACAGAACUGAUAAGUAAUGUUGCUGAUCUUUGGUGGAGUAUUGAUAAAGAUGAACGAGAAAUAACAUUUGAAUUUCAUGUUAACACAACUGGUUGGAUUGCUCUCGGAAUUAGUUCAGCGGGAGGGAUGAAAGAUGCAGAUAUAGGUGUUGGAUGGAUUGAUAAUCAGGGAAAACUUUAUUUUCAAGAUCGAUAUUCAUUUGAUUUUGUUCGACCAGUGAUUGAUAACACAACAAAUGAUUGGAUACCAAUUAAAGGCAAAGAAUCUAACGGAUGGACAGCGAUUCAAUUUAAACGUUUACUCGAUACAUGCGAUUCCAUGGAUUAUCCAAUAAAAAGUGGAACGAAUAUCUUAAUCUAUGCAUAUGGUGUCAGUGAUCCAGUUAAUUCGGAAAUAAGCUAUCACCAAGCGCGUCGUGGCACGCGAAUAAUUCCACUUCGAUCUUAUGGUCAACCACCAUCGGAACAAAAAUUUAAUGGUCUUGAUUAUUUCGAUCUUCGUUUAACUAAUUAUACCAUUCCAUCUGAUGAUACAACAUAUCAUUGUAAAAUAUAUAAAACUCCAGCGACAUACUCAGAUAAACGACAUGCGAUCGCAUAUAAAGUUUUAGUUGAUGAUGAAAAUGUUGAUAUCGUUCAUCAUUUACUAAUACACGAAUGUGAUCCAUCGUUUAGAUUCGAUGAUAACAAUCUUCCGGAUGGAGUAUGUGACGAUAUUAAUGAUCUAAUCGAACCUUGUGCAUCACGUGUUGCAACUGGCUGGGCAGUUGGCGGUGAUUAUAUUGUUGAAUUUCCUGAAGAAGCUGGUUAUCCAGUUGGUAUUCAUUCUCCGAACAAAUAUUUUAUGGUUCAAAUGCAUUAUGAUAAUCCAAAAGGAACUCAAAAUCGUAGAGAUAAUUCAGGAAUUCGAUUUUAUCUUGGCGAAAAACUUCGACAACAUGAUCUUGGAUAUCUUACAUUUGGAACUGUUUCAAAUUUUUUCGGAAUUAUUAUUCCACCAAAACUUGAUCAAUUCAUCAUAGAUGCUUAUUGCCCACGUGCAGCUACAAAAAAUAUACCUGAAUCUGGGAUAACAGUCGUAUCUGCAUUUCCACAUACUCAUUUACAAGGCUAUAGUAUGUGGACGAAAUUGAUUCGUAAUAACACAGCUGUUAGUUAUUUAUUCAAUGCUGAUUCUUAUAAUUUUAAUUAUCAAUUUGAAAAUCGUUUAGCAAAACGAAUUAAGAUAUUUCCAGGAGACGAGUUUGCAACAAGAUGUAUUUAUAAUACAAUGAAUAAAGAUAAAGUGACAUUGGGUGGAGAACGAACAUCAGAAGAAAUGUGUUUACAUUUUUUUACUUACUAUCCUCGACUCGACGAAGAUUUAUCUUCUUGUUAUCGAAUAAAUUCAUACGAAUCAAUACUUAGAAAGAUCAAUUAUUCAUUACCAUAUAAUUAUGCACAAAUAAAGCAAUGGUUACUUGAUAUUAAAUGGACACCAGAAUCCUCGAAAGAAUGGCAGACAUUUGUUGAUACUAUCCCACGUUCAGCUGCGUUUGCAGUGGGAGGUCAAUGGAAAUCAGAACCGCUUGAUCCAUCAGCGACAUACAAAGAUUUGGAUCCAGUCAUUUGUCAAAAAACAAUUGUAACCACAACUACAGCCACAGCCACGAACACUUUAACAUCAUCAUUAACAUCAUCAACAACAACAACAACAACAACAACAACAACCACAAACACUGCUGUUUGUUGUUAUCAAAAUAUAUUUCAUUAUAUUAUCUACGUUUUGAUUUUUUUCAAAAUAAACUAA